UGCGUGAUUGUGCCUGUUCAGGGAACUGGGAGAGGGCGGGGGUUAGGACUUCUAUCCAAGUCGGAGUAGAGGAAACCAGCGGGUAACAAGGAGCCAGCACACACAUCCCAUUAGCCAGAGUUAUCUCCAUCGUCCGAGAAUUCCGUCGCCAGUGAAAAUGACCCAGUGCGUGCAGGGCAUGCUGUAUUUGUCGGUUCUGGUGGCGUUCGCCGCCUGCGACGCUCCUCCGGUACCGUUAGACGACAUCUUCAUUGAGAAGACUUUCGUGCCAGAGCAGUGUGUGCGCGCAGUCAAAGUUGGCGAUUUUGUCAGGUAUCACUACAACGGCAUGUUUCCGGACGGCAAGAAGUUCGACUCGAGUUACGACCGUGGCAGCACCUACAAUGUGUUUGUUGGCAAGAAGCAGCUGAUUGCAGGGAUGGACAAAGCUCUGGUGGGGAUGUGUGUCAACCAGAGAAGCCUGGUCAAGAUCCCACCUCAACUCGCGUAUGGGAAACAGGGAUACGGAGACAUCAUCCCUGCGGACUCCAUCCUCCAUUUCGACGUCCUGCUGCUCGACGUGUGGAACCCGGAGGAUGGCGUCCAGAUCAAAAGCUACCACACACCCUCCAACUGCUCCAGGAAGGUGGAGGUGUCCGACUACAUUCGCUACCACUACAACGGCACCCUGUUGGACGGCACGCUCUUUGAUUCCAGCCACACCCGUAUGCGUACCUACGACACGUACGUUGGGAUUGGGUGGCUGAUCGCCGGUAUGGAUCAGGGCCUUUUGGGAAUGUGCGUCGGAGAGAGACGCAUCAUCACAAUGCCGCCGUCCCUUGGAUACGGAGAGAAUGGAGACGGAACUGACAUCCCAGGACAGGCGUCCCUGGUCUUUGAUGUGGUUCUCCUGGACCUCCACAACCCCAGAGACGGGAUCGCAGUGACCAAUCAGAUUGUACCCGAGUCCUGCACGAGGAAGUCCGUUGCCGGAGACUUUGUACGCUACCACUACAACGGCAGCCUCCUCGAUGGCACAUUUUUCGAUUCCAGCUACUCUCGUAAUCGUACCUAUGACACCUAUGUGGGUCGGGGCUACGUGAUCGCCGGCAUGGACGAGGGCCUGAUCGGAGUUUGUAUCGGAGAGAGACGCACCGUCACCAUUCCGCCACAUCUCGGCUACGGAGAGGAGGGCACAGGCUCCAAGAUCCCCGGGUCGGCAGUCUUGGUGUUUGACGUUCACAUCAUCGACUUCCACAACCCGUCGGACAACGCCGUGGUCAACGUCACUCACAAGCCGGAAGAGUGUGAAAAGAAAACCAAGAAGGGAGACUUUGUCAAAUACCACUACAACGCGUCUCUGAUGGACGGCUCGUCCAUCGACUCUACAUUUAAUUAUGGAAAGACAUACAACGUCGUCCUGGGAGCCAACCAGGUAGUCCCAGGGAUGGAGGAGGGACUGAUGGACAUGUGUGUGGGCGAGAAAAGGCACCUUGUUAUUCCUCCUCACCUGGGCUACGGGGAGAGAGGAGUCGUUGACGAAGUCCCAGGGAGCGCCGUGCUGGUGUUCGACAUUGAGCUGGUUGAAAUGGAGGACGGACUUCCCGAAGGCUACAUGUUCAUCUGGAACGACGAAGUGUCAAACGACCUCUUCACCGACAUGGACAAAGACCAGAACAAAGCGGUGGAGCCCUCUGAGUUCACUGACUACAUCAUGAAGCAGGUGAACGAGGGCAAAGGCCGCCUGGCUCCCGGCUUCGACCCGUAUCGCAUCAUCGACAACAUGUUCUCCAACCAGGACCGCGACGGAGACGGAAAGAUCACGGAGGCCGAGUUCAAGCUCAAAGCGGACGAAGACUCCCACGACGAACUAUGACGGGACUGAGUGCGAAACUCAGAUCAGGGUGAAGGGUCGGAGGGGCGGGGGGGUUGUUGCGGUUGGUAGAGUAGAGUGAGACGGGGUCGCAAGUGUAUAAAGAGUAAUCCGGUGCGAAGCGAGAAAUGUGCUGAGAGAUUUAAUUUUUCAAUUUGGAAGAAUUGGAUGAUGUUCGAAGGAGUUCUCGGCUUUUAAGAGGGAAGUGAGAGGAAUGCGUGAAGAUUUAGGAAUGAGAUUAUUUUGAGUACUGUUGUGUUCAAAAGCUUUUAGGCUAGGACGAAGAACUCCAGGUCCCAUUGAGUUGUAAUAAAGUGGUUUUAAUAUAGAACUUGUGAUGCAGAUGUUUCCUGGGCUUUCACAAUGAACAGUCCACUACUGUCUCCUCUUCCGCCCGAGAACCUCGAACACAAGUUUUUCUACGCUUCAACAUGUAGGCGCCUCUCAUUGGUUGAAACGUCCUUAUGUCUGACAGAUUUAAACAGGAGUGCUGCUGGCUCUGGGUUUGGUUCAGAGUUGAGGUAAAGGCAUCAUUUCUCAUCUUCAUGUCCGUUCACGGGCAUUUACAAGCAUGCUGCUCAGUCCCGUCAUCUCCUUUCAUUCCAAAGAUUGGUGCUGAACCACAUUUGUCAUACACAAAUCAUGAUAGAGUCACAGUCUCACAGAAAGAAUGCAUGACCUAGGUCUCAAUAUACCUUUUGUUGACCCUCCGGGGUCACUGAGAAACACGUGCUAAGCUCGACUGUCUCCCACACUACUUGUACGACUAAUAUUUCAUAAAAAACGUCAAUCCCGUCAUGCAUAUACAGGGGAUACAAGACAUUUCCACACUAUUUAGUUCUAAAUAUUGGAAAUACUCAUCUGAGGUCAAUGAUGACGGUUUCUUUUUACCUCCGCUCUCGUUAUUUUUUUGUCUUGUGUUACGUAACAUUUGUUUUAUUUUUUGAAGGGUACAAAAGUUUGAAAGAACAAACCGUGUCCUCACUCCACGAUACCCGCAUUCAAAGCUCCAUUGUGACAUUUAUUGUUGUUAACGUUUUGUCUUAGAGUUGCAACUGGUUUAUUGAUUUAGAGCAGUUAGAAUGAUAUUUUAUUAACAUGGUUGACAGCUGAUACCUUUUUAAUGUGAGGAUGCAUUCAGUGUUUCUGUUAUUUUUUAAAUCAUCUAAAAUAACUCUGAAAUGUUCCAAAUGCUAAAAUGACUGGGGUUUGGAGUCUUUCAAUCACAUUUGGUCAAGUAUUGCUUGUUUUGUCUGCGUACAAAUGUCGACUUCGGGAUGCAAUUUAAGAUUCUGUGUGCGUGUGUGUGUGAGAAAGAGACAUAGUGUAAUUGUUGCAUUUUGUUUUACUUUUUUAUUCAGGAGAAUACAGAGGUCUGUUGCUGAAAAUGUCUACACAAAGUUUAAUUUGAUUAAAAGACCUCAUCUAACUAUAAGCCUAGAUUGAGUCUGUCUACCGUUUAAUUUUACCAAAAGCAUUAUCAUGUUUUCAGGCUGGUUUAAGCUUUUUAUGUUAUUUCUUCCGUCUUCUUCACUGUUUUUUAUCACGGUUCUUUAUGAGUGAUGAGAGUUUAUUUCACGAUUUCUGAGGAUUUCUGAGGAUCUCAACAUGUAAGUUGGGCGUUCAUUUAGCUCAUUGAUGGAGGUCAAUUUCUUGAAGAGCCACCUGGCUGAAGUUUCAAAAAGAAAAAGCCAAGUGACUCAUCAAUGUCUCGACUUAAGACCACUCUCUCUCUCUCUCCUUAUACUCUUUGGCGUAAUUUAGACUUGCCACACAAUAGCCUAUUUAUUGUUGUCUCCGUAAAGCACAUUGGUCAUUGCACCCACGUCAAUCCUCUGUCACCAAAGGAAAUUACAUCUUCAUCAUCUGAUGUCGUAAUUCUUUGACACUGUUCACCGUCUUCUUUGCAUAAUUUCUCACGCUGUCCACAGUUGACUAUUGUUUUUAUAUAGUUGCAUUUAUUGUGUAUAUUUGAAUGAAUAAAUACUUUGAAGAUGGACAAUAAGAAAACUAA